AUGGAAGAUAAUAAUAAUAAUUUUGAUAUUAAUGACACCAAUGUAGAUAGCAGUGUUAGAAAAGAUAUUAAAACUGAUGAUGGUGGUGAUACCAAUAAAUCCUGGCCAACAGUUCAAAGUAUAGAAGAAAGAAUAAUAAAUGAAAAUGAAAGUAUAAAGAAAGAAAAUAUUAUUGAAGAUUUAAGAAUUUCAAUUAGAUACAUAAUAUACACAUUAAUUACAUUACCAGAAUCAACACCCACACAACCUACUACACUAUAUGAAAGUAGUUUUGGUGUUUCUCGUCUCUGUAUGUCAAUUGAAAAACUCCUAAUCAACAAUAUCAAUAAUUUUAGUCUAUGGAAUAUUAUAACAUUAAUCCAAAACGAACACAAGAUAAUAAACCAUUCAGAUUUUUUAGAUAUUAAAAGCUAUUCACUAAUUUUAACAGAUAAUGGUAGAUCCAGAUCCUAUAUAAGACAUCUAUUAAACGAAAAGAAAACCUCACUAUUUUUUAUAAAACACAAAGAAAUGCUUAAUAAAGAUGAUUCAAUACUACUGUCAUAUUAUAAAUCCAAUUCAAUAAUGCUGGAUAAAUCAAUAACAACUUUAAUAUUAGAUAUUUUAAAAAAAGUCGAUGAUACCAGAUUUUCAUUAAUUGUAAACUCCUCAAGCUUUGAUACCCUAAUAGACCAUUCAAAUUUUAAUAAGGACACACAAAAUGAAACAUAUAGCGAAAGUAAUAAUAGUAACAUUAAAGAACUUAAUGAUAUAAAAGAAAUAAUAAAUAAUAGAAACUCAACUUCACUCCACAAUAGUAAUAUUAGUAGUAACAAUGACUCUGAUUCAAUAAUAGCAGAAUAUGAAUUCCCAGAUACCAAUAAAAAUAAAGAAUCUUUGGAAAACAAAUUUUCAAAUAUAAAUAUUAAUAAAAUGGAAAAUAAAAAAAUUAUAGAAAAAGAAGAUGAAAUUAACUAUAGUGAUUUAUUAGACCAAAACUUUAAUAAUAAUAAUAAUAAUAAUAAUAAUAAUAAUAAUAAUAAUAAUAAUAAUUAUAAUAAUAGAGAAAAAGAUGAUGAAAUUAACUACAGCGAUUUAUUAGACCAAAACUUUAAAAGCAAUAUUAAUGAAAAGGAAGAAGAAAUUAACUACAGCAAUUUACUUGAUCAAUCAUUUAAAACAUCAUUUAAAACGAAUGCAUUUAAUAAUAAUAACAUUGUGACCAAUGAAUUUCCGUCACCAUCAAACUUCAAUAUUAAAUUACCAGAAAAUAGCCUUUUCAGCAAAGAUGAAGAUGAUGAAUACAAUUUCCAAAAUGACGAUUAUCUAUUAAAAGAUCCAUCAUUAGAACUGCAACAACAACAACAACAACAACAACAACAACAACAACAACAGCCCACAAAGAAAAAAGUUAUAAUAAAAAAGAAAAUUAUUAAAACCCCUUCUAAACCAUUAGAAAGGAAUAUAGAUUUAUAA